GGGACGGCAAGUAGUGCAAGAAAAAAUGUGUUGAAACUAUUUGUGAAAGUGUCUACUACAGAGUGCUGCCGAAGAAAAUGGCUUUUAAUUACAAUAACUUGGGCCAACAGGCUUUGGAAAAUAUGUUGCCAUUUUUCAAUACCACUGCAGGGGCGGCGGGGGGUAUGACCACCCCUCAGACUAACUUCAUCAACCAUUUGGCAGCGGCAAUGCAAAUGAACAGUAAUCCAACGACCCACACUGCAACGGGACAACACAAUACUUCUUCCACAACGGCUGCGACAAACAAUUUCAAUGCCAAGUCCAUUUCGUCAAAUAUUAGACGUACACCGGAGCCACCACCAGCCCCUAUACUGGGAUCAUUAAGCCCCUCCAGCCGGCCAAUUAAACCAAAUCAAGGUACAGCUCCAAUGGAUUUGGAAAAUGAUGACAAUGACACCCCCUCCCCGGCAAACGCAACAGCAGCAAUGAUGGGUAAUGAUGCAAACCCUAACAAGAUGAAUGCAGCUGAUAAGACAGCUUUAAAUCUUGCCAAUGGAAGUGUUUAUCUAAAUAGUUUGCUGUCUGGUCAAAUUCCUGGCAUCAAUCCGGCGUUUAUGUUUUUUCCAAAUGCCGCUGGGAAUCAGCAAACUGCUGCCAACAAUUUGCUGGAGUCAACCACAAUGAUGGCUGUGGCCAUGCAACAAAUGCAACAAUUCGGAGCCUAUGGGAAUGGAGCUUUAACAGAUACAACAGCAGCUGCUGGUACUGUUGGUGGGGAUGUGAGCAAAUUAGGGCAGGUCAACGCCGGAACGGAUAACGUAACUCCAGCAACACCUGUCAAGGAGAUCAUAAAAACCAAAAGCUGCAUAUUAUUUCCACCAAAUCCCUCAGCUCCACCGCCCACCAUACGCGAAAGACCGCCCGGUUGUCGUACCGUUUUCGUCGGUGGUCUUCCCGAACAAAUAACCGAGGAAAUUUUACGUGAAAUAUUCGAAAGUUGUGGGGUAAUCUCCACCUUACGUAUGUCUAAAAAGAACUUUUGCCAUAUACGUUUUCGCAACGAGGAAUCCAUUGAUAGAGCGAUCUAUUUAAGUGGCUAUCGUCUACGUCUCAACUCCACAAGCACCGAUCAGACUACAACAUUUGCACGGUUGCAUGUCGACUAUGCCCAGGCCAGAGAUGAUCAGUAUGACUAUCAGUGUAAACAACGUCAAUUGCAGAGGGAACAGAGACAUCGUGAACGUAUGUCGUUGGAUCGGUUACGUUCUCAAUCACCCCCACCCAUACCGCACUAUAGUGAUCAUGAAGCCUCUUUGGUGGCAGAAAGUCUACGCAGCAAUGACACAUUUAUUAAGGGGGUGCAAACCCUCACCGUAUGGCUGGAGAGAGGAGAUUGCAAUAAACGUAAUGCCAAUGUUUUCUAUUCGAUGAUACAAAGCACCCACGCCCAUGUUAGACGUUUAACGGCAGAUAAACAAGUCUUGGAGGAGGAUUUGCGUAAAGCUCGCGAGAGUUUUCGUAAACAAAUGUUGGCCAUGGCUGCACAAUUCACUCAGAUUGAUAAAGUGUUUAAUGCUGCUAGUCACAAGAAUCAGAAGGUUUGGGACCAUUUCACCAAGGCCCAAAGAAAAAACAUCGAUCAAUGGAAGAAAUUGGCCACGGAAUUACGCUCCAUACAAAUCGACGAUGAUGAAAUGGAAAUGUCCGAUGAGGAUCGGGAUUAUCAAUCGUCAUCCAGUGCCAAGCGCAGGCGAUUUGACAGCGAUAACCUGAAGGAGGAGAAUGAUUCUCUACGCUGUCAAUUGGAAGCAAUGCGCAAUGAAAUGAGCCUUGAACGCACCGAUCUCAAGUAUAACAGUGAUUUUCGUGAAAAGCAAAUGAAAGUUCUCCAGGAGACCAUACGCAAUAUGCAAACCCAGUUGUUGCAGACGAAAAUGCGCGAACAAAAAGAUGCAAAACACAUUGAAAUGUUGGAGAAACGUUUGAAAGAGGCCGGAGUCAAGCAGCUGCUGCUCAAGACCAAAAUCAAAGAAACAAAUGAAAAGUUACGCGAUGCCAUGGGAGAGGUGAAAAAAUAUGAUAGCUCAGAAGUUAUUGACAUCGAUGUGGACAAGAAUGAGGAGGAAGAGGAGGAAGGUGGGGAUGAUGAUGAAGUGAAAAUUUUGGAAGUCAAUCAGCCAACCAAUGCAAGUGUAAUGGAAAAAACACAGCGGAAAAUUAUGGACGAUGUCCAGUGUGUCGAAGAUAAAACUAAGGAAGAAAUUCUAAAUAAAGCCGAGGAAAAGGAACCAGAAAAACUGCAGCUAGAACUAAAGUCUCCCCAACCACCCCCGCUGGAGGAUGCAAAAAUUAUUGCCUUGGCUACAGCGUAUCUUCUCAUUCAACCUCUGGGAUCAACGGCCCAAGACAUAUGUUCUUACAUACGUAACAUUUCGCAACAAAGCAACAUACAAGCGACUCGCAUAAAUGAAAUACUUGCAAAGUAUGAAAAUCUCUUUGAAAAAUCUCAACAACAAAACGAUGCGUCUUCUAGUGAUAAUGCUCAUACAAUUAAGUGGAAAUUUUGUGGUCUGUCAGGAGGAACUCCUGCUGUUGUGGCCAGUAACGAAGAGAUUGUUUAAAUUAUUUAGUUUUAGAGGCAUAUUUUUUAAUUGUAAACAAUCAACAUAAUGAUGAGACCACUUUUGAGAUUAACAUAGGAAUAAAAUUUAAAUUAUAUUUCUAUAAAAAAAAA